AUGGAUCAAUGGAAAACAAAUUUUCCUCCAAUUAGACCUCCCCCUUACAAGACCCAGCCUAGAAGACCCAAGAAAUCAAGAAACAAAGAGGCUUUUGAGGUUGAAGUACCUGCUCCAAUCCCUCCACAUCUUAGACCCCCUAAUUACAUUCCACCCCCUGCAAAAUUAAGAAGGGACCAAUCUAAUGGGCCAAGCAGGCCUGCAAGAGGCAAAGGAAAAGGUGUACAUAGAGGUGCAAUAAGUGGUGGUGGUAAAGGAAGGGACAAACAACCUAGUUCUUCAUCAGUUGGAGAUGAGAAUGAAAAAAGGAAAAUACAAGUUGCUUCAUAG